CGCAGGCGCAGGGCCGCUUUUCGGGUCCGCCAUUUUUCAAGAUUUGAAUUUCCCCUAGCAAAGCGAGAGAAGCAAAAUACCCGGAUGGUGAUCGCUGGCCUUUUCGCGCCAAUACUAGCUGGGAAGAUGGAGGCUGUUCUUGGGAUGGGUUUCCUUCUAACCGCACUCUUGAACCAUGCUCUCUUUGCAACCACAAAGGAAAAAGGCAAAACGGUCCUCCCCUGGCGCCAACCAAUCAGCAGAGCCCCCUCCCUCCUCCCACCUGCCACCUCCACUCCGGGGCAAGGUCACAGCAUCUGCGUAGGCGAUCACGGGGACUUCUUCCUGCUGGCUCAGCUGGGAGACCGAGGAGUGUUUGGCAAAAACUGUUCAGCUGAAUUCGGAGAUAACUGUGGAGGCAGCUGCUCUUCUCACAGAGGCUUCUCGAUGCAGCCUGAGUCGGGCCGGGCCCUCUUCCAUGUGGCCGUGGCCAGCUGCCUCUGCGCGGCCGCCAUCCACACCGGUGCUUUUGACGGCGUCUCCGUCCAGGUGGGCUUGGAGCACUAUGCUGAGGCACCCGUGGCCGGCCUCCCUGCCUUCCUAGCCAUGCCCUUCAAUUCGCUCGUUAACUUGGCCUACGUGCUCCUGGGAGCGUACUGGCUGCAGAGAAAGCCCAGCACCCCCGGGUGCCCUCCAGAGGUGCGGAGGGCUUGUUACCUGAAGGAUGUCUUCGCUGGCAUGGCCCUGGUCUAUGGCCCUGUCCAGUGGCUGCGCGUGGCGUCACAGACCCGGCCCGCCGCUGUGCUGGAUCAGUGGCUCACCCUGCCCAUCUUCGCGUGGCCGGUUGCCUGGUGCCUCUACCUGGACAGGGGCUGGAAGCCCUGGUUGUUCCUGGCUGUCGAGGGCCUCUCCCUGUGCAGUUACGGCCUCGCCCUUCUGCACCCCUGUGGGUUUGAGUUCACGCUGGGGGCUCACAUCGCAGCUGCCGUGGGCCAGGCCCUGUGCACCCAGGGGCGCCGGGGCAGUCCUUCCUCGGGAAUGUACUUGGCUCUAGGCGUGCUCUGCUGCUUGGGCUUCGUGGUCCUCAAGCUGUAUGACCAUCAGCUCGCACAGUGGUGUCUCUUCCAGCGGCUCACAGGCCACUUCUGGUCCAAAGUCUGUGAUAUGCUCCAGUUCCACUUUGCGUUCUUGUUUCUGACCAAUGUAAAUGCUUGCCGAAGACAUCCUACUGCAGGGAAGAUGCAUUAAUGUGUGGAAAGAAGCUGCUUACAGUCGCUGUCCCCUUCCCCCCCGCCCCGAAGUCAAAAUGGACCAUCAGAUGACAUCCUGUUUUCAGUGUUAGAUUUCCUGGGUGGAAUAAGAUAGGAUGGUUACAUGGAAGGCUGGCCCUUCCUUUGAAGUUACGGGCUUAGGUAUUAUGAAUAUGAAUAUCCAAUGUUAUGAAAAUUUAUGCUCUCUGCAACUUACUCUGAAAGAAUUAAACCCAAUAUCUAGGUGCUCGGGAUGUGGGGUUCACUGUGGUAUUCUUGUAGCUUUUCUGUAGUUUCAAAUUUUUUAAAGUAAAAUGUGAGGGGAAGUGGCCCCCAGGAAUCCAUCACACUGGCAGUUGUCCGCUCUGGGAUGUUAGCAUGGGCCGGUGACAACGGGGCAGGGUAGCAUCUGGCCAGUGUGCCAGGCCAGGCAGUGGGGUUACCAGUGAGUGUCCCCAGACGUGCCUGGGUUCAGGGAGACGACUGAUGGGGAAAUCCAAAGACCGGAACGCUUAUUCACCAUGACAUCUGUGCCUGCCAAGCUGACCGCAGGUCACAUGGAAGCCACGUCACCUCAGAUCCUUUGUGGAAAGAGGCAGGGUACGAAGAGAUGAAGAAACACACAAAUGUCAGAAGUUGAAUUCUCAACAGAAUGUUGCUUAGUGGGUCUACCCUCAGAGCCAGGGUAUGGCGUAGAUGUCCUUAGCAGCUCAAAUUAUGGAAGUGUCCUGGAGUUGGCCUCUUUAAACCCCGAAGCAUGCUUCCCAUGCAGAUGACAAUGUCUGAACCAGGGAGCCCCGGGGAUGACACUGAGGGCCAAGAGAUGCUGAGGAUGCUGCCUUUGGAUUGCCCUUUGGGGACCAUCUCCCUCUGCAUUCUUCCUCCCAUUUGGGUUACUGUGUUUUUAGACACUUGUUUCAUCCCCUGUCGCUUGAAGCGUAUCUGGUCUUUAAAGAUGAAGAUGAGGGCAGAGGGGAGAGGACUCCCUGUCUCUGCUGAAUGACAUCUCAGGAGGGGCAGCCCACGCACAUCUGCUCAGUGCCCCCUGAGGCCCCUCACCAUGGAGCCUUGAGGGUUUGCAUGUGGACCGUUGCUGUGACUCUGAGAUGUUUUUGAAACUGGGUACCUGGGCCGGAUGUUCUGUCCCAGCUGUGCACAUCCCAAGUGGGUGGUGAGGCUCAACCAAGCUGUCACCUGAAAAUCCAGCGGGUGAGUGUUGCCUCUGCCUGGGCGGCAGCCAACCAGCCUGCACCCCUCCCCCAAGGGCCGGGGACCCAGGUGCCCACGAGUAUAAAGAGCAGGACCGCGCCGGCUUGGGGAAGCACCUUUGUUGCAUUCCGGUGGUCUUGAAGGCUCUACGUGUCCUGGAAGAGGAAAAAGGCGAUGGGCGUCUGCAGAGAGGCUUCCCUGAUCUUGAAGAGGCCAGAGGGAGGGAGGGGAAAGACUAGGCUUCUUGCUUGGGUGGCUCAGCUAGCGAUGGGGACGGGAGGGUGGACGGCUACCGAGGGGCCAGGCACUUCGCUCGGUGCCUGAGUGGCCCCCCAGCCUGCUCGCUCUCUUUGUAGCUGUCUCCCUCAUUGCCAGAGUGGGGCCACUGAGAGCUGCUGGUGCUUUGCAUGGCCUUGUCGUUCCACACCUUUGACCACAAGCACUUACAAGCUAUUUUGAUUGUUUUGGUUUUCUUUUCUUUUCAUCAAAACCGAUUUAAUAAAUAACCCUGAGAACCUUCUGGGUUUCAUUCCACUCCUGUGUCAGGCUGGGUCCCCACAGGAAACAGGUGGUGUGCUCAGAUUACAGUGAUUCAGAACUGUUUCAAGGAGAACUCUGCACACCACCAUGGAGGGGCACAGGGAGUCUGUGCCCCUCCAGGGUGGGGUGGACUCCAUCCAAUGGAGAGACUCCUGUGGAAGGGUCACCUUGGGGCAGGAGUGGCGGGGAGCAGAAGCCCAACCCCACUGCCUCCUGCCUGACCUCCCAUCCAAGGUUGUCAGAUGAGAUGCAAGACAACAAAUAAUGCUUUAGUACCAGCAUGCCUCAAAUGUCACAUGAGACCUGCUUAUACUAAAGCAGUGUUCAUCGUUUAUCUGAAAUUCAGAUUUAAGUGAGUGUCCUGUCUUUACUGGCUAAAUCAGACAGCCCUACAUUGAGCCAACCCAACCAAAGCCAGAGACCUGGAACCUUCUUUCUCUGCCCCCUGGUUUUUUUGUUUUUGUUUUUAAACAACUUGACUGUGAUCAGUCCUUCUCAAAAGGGUGGCUUCUGGGGCCAGGACCUCAGACGGCCUCAGCCCUGCCCUGUGAUUCAGAGUACCAGUGACGCCCUGUUUGGGUACCCGCUGUUUCACUAUCAUUGUCUCCAUUUUUUUUUUUGGUGAGGGGAGGUAAUUCGGUUUAUUUAUUUAUUUAUUCUUAGCGGAGGUACUUGGGAUAGAACCCAGGAUCUCAUGCACACUAAGCAUGCUCUCCCUUGAGCUAUACCCUCCCCCCUCAUCUCCAUCUUGUCCCUGAACAGCAGAGAAGCCAGUGCUUACCUGAUGGGCCCUCUCCUCGCAUUUGGCCUAACGGUUGAGAGGCUCCAAAGCUGGGGGGGAUGUUAGAAACCAUCUGCACCAACCCCCUCAUUUCACAGAAACCGAAACUAUAGAUGUGCGACUUUGCCGAAAGCUUCAACACUGAGCAUCAGAAACACAGGCGUCCAGCCUCGCGGCCCAAAGCCCCAGCUGCUGUGUCGUUCCACCUCCCCCUCCUCUCCCUGGAAGCAGUGGCAGUGGUGUUGCUUUCCCAUAAGUGGACUGGGGAUUUGCCCCCCAUUGAAAAUAGUGGUGUUGGCUUCACUCUGACUGCGUAGAUAGGACAGGCGGGUGGCAGGGAACAAGAAGCCACCCCAGAGGACCAUCAGGAUGCUGGUUGCCCCCACCUGGGAUACGGGCUCCCCUGCGCUUGUCUGUCCUACACCACAGUGAUGGGCACGGAUGCGGCCCCAGGCCGCAUGGUGCUUCAGUGAUGUUGUGUUGUGUGCUCAGCUAGGGCUGCUACACCGGGCUCCCUCACCCUGUCCUCACCCAGCACGCCGAUUCCUUGCCAGUUUUGCUCACCUUUCUCCAGGUCUGUCUCAGGAGGUGACUGAAGGGCACCCGGGUCGCCUUUCCUGUUGACAGCGAUGGGAGAACCCGCCCUGGGUUUGCAGACUUUUUCAUUUUGUGUCCAUCUGAUGGGGGCAAAGCACAAUGUCGUUGUGACUUUAACUCAUACCCCCUCCACAUACACGCUAGUGCAUAUGUGUUUGUUGUAGUUAGGGUUUGUUAUUCUGUAAGUUACUGAUUUAUAUCCUUUCCUCAUUUUUCGACUUUUUCUUCCAAAAGUCUCCAGGAGCUUGUUUUAGAUGAUAAAUAUUAAGCAUCCAUCUGUCAUACAAAUGUUUUCUUAAUGUCGUUUGUCUUUUGACUUUGUGGCUGUCUUAAAGGAAUGUGAUUGAAGAUGGACACAGGGAUGUCUACAUGCCUGUCUUGUCUUCAGAGCUUUUGGGUUUCUCCCAUACCUGCUUCAGGUAUUUUUUCAUUAGAAAAUUUUAAUUACAACAUUGUGGAAAAUAAUACUUAUUGUAAAGUCAUUAAAAUUUACAUUUAGAAAUAAA